AUGGCGGACGAAGGUUGGAUCAUCGAGUCCAUCGUGCAGUUCACGCACUCGCCGCUGUGGCGCACCCCCAUCGACAAUUUUAUUGACGACAACUGUUUUCUCUUCAGCGACGAUGCGGAGAUGAAGGUGGAGCAGACGGAGGUGCAUUUGGCCUUCCGGAAGCUGGCGGACGACCUCAUCACCGCUUUUGUGGAGGAGCUCGGCGUCCCGCUGGAGACCGUCCUCGAGGUGGUGCACAGGUACGUGAAUGGCCAGACCCCGCUGCAGCAACCCGCCGAACAGUUUCUCAGCAACAUGUUUUACAUGGACGACUUUCGCUCCUUUCACAAGAUGAUGCUGAGGCGGAAUAUUCAGCUCGACAUUCUCGCCUCGCGGGCGCUGCAACGCCAGCAGGAGGGCCUCUCUGGAGAGGCGUCGCCGGAGGAAGAGGCGGCGAUGGACGAGGAGGAAGCCCUCCGCUUAGCCAUCAAGGCCUCGCUUGAGGAUGAAACGACCGCACGCAGGAUGAUGGAGCUGGAAGACGUUCAAAUACAGGAGGCCCUCGCCUUGUCCAUCGCGGCAGAAGAGGAGCGUGCCCGACGUGAGCGCGGCGGAACAGCAAGGGAUGGGGUCAAGAAGGAAGCCACUGAGGUGGAAAUGACAGGCGUUGAGCAUGCCGUCAAGGAAAACCUCAACAAUUCGGUCGAGGAGAAGGAAAAUGUCAUUGAGAAGCUGGAGGCCCGCGCACUGGAGGUGCGGAAGGAGACGUUGAUGCGCAGCGUCGGUGCAACACAAAAGUUGCCACCUUCAAGCUUGGACGUCCACCCAGCGGGGCAGGUUCACGCAACUGCGGCUGCGUCGAACCAGCAACCGGAAGCGCCUUCUGCUCCGGCCUCAGCCACGGCCAAGCCGCCUGCAAAGAAUGUGGCGCCGCCGCCGCCUGUGCCGCACGCUAAAGGCAUUGGUUUUAAGACGCUUCCUUCUAUUCAGCCUUCCUUUAAACAGUUGGAGACUGUGGUGAUGGGAACGGCGACGCCGCCCGCACCGCAGCCUGGCAAGCAGCCCGUAAACACACCGGCACCUGCUGUGUCACCUCCUACAUUGGAGGAGAUGGAGGAACGAGCACGGCACAUGCGUGAGCAGCGGGAGAAAAUCUUGAUGCGGAACAAGGCUAACAGAGAGAAGGAGUUGAAUGAUUAUUCCGCCGGUGGAGUAAAGGCCAAAGUAAAACCGAGUAGUAUUCAGGAAGGUCACAAGCAGAUGACACUGGAACUUGCGCGGCGUCUGCGGGAGGACAUUGUUCGCGAAGCCACCAAGUAG